CUUUUUUAAGUCAUGGCGGCUACAUAUACCCGAAUGUCAAACAGAAAAACUUUUGUACGUGAUUAUCGCCAAAUUUGCGAAAAUAUUUUCUGAAAAUUACAAAAUAAAAUCACCAGCCUAGAAAAUCGAUCAGUAACAUAUGAAUAUUGAGUUAACUAAUCGUGUACAAAAGACCUAAUAUGGUAAAUCUUACCAAAAAAUGAUUCCUUAAUUUCAUCGAUUUGUUCCAGCGUAUCAUACCGCCUGUCCGCAAAUUUAUAUAUGUAUAGGGCACAGGGUAGGUUGUAAUUAUUUCGGGAGCAAAAGUAAAGUUGAAAUUAAUUUGUGACGACGGUGUCACAUACAAAGAUAUUGAUCACUUGUUUAUCAAAAAGACGAUAUGUACAACGGCAUUGGUUUAACAACGCCACGCGGCUCCGGCACUAAUGGCCAUGUACAACGUAAUUGGGCAUUUGUGCGACCCGGAAAAAAGGAUAAUUCCAAUUAUCGUUCUGAGGAGGAUAUAAAGAAACUCGAUGCUACCCUCAAUCGUCCGCCAAAUAAGGAAAUAUUAGAUCAUGAUCGUAAACGUAAAAUUGAAGUGAAAUGCAUUGAAUUUGAGGAGAUAUUGGAAAAACAAGGACGAACUCCAGAGGAAAUAAAAACAAAGGUUGACUCAUAUCGCCAGAAAUUAAUGGGACUAGGAAAAAGUGAUUUGCCUAAGGAUGAAUUUGGAAGAAUAGCUGUUAGAGAGACACAUCAAAUUGCUGAAGCGCAACAAGAAAAGAACGCAAAACUGCGUGAAGCUUUUAAUAUUUCUGAAUAUUUUGUUGAAGGCUCCAGUUUUGAUUCGGAUCGUAAAGCGAAGGAAGAUAUAGCUAAAAGUCUGGCGCUUCAAAAGGAACUAGACUCGCAACGCGAAAGCGCAGCAUCGAGCAGAGAUAAGGAAAAAGAGCAUGGCGAUAAACGACGUUAUGCAUUAGUGCGUAGCCCUUCGCGGGAAAAAGACAAUGCUGUCAGUGGCGGCAACAAAGACGACAGUGAUAAUGAAGCUUAUGAGCAGCAUGUUUCUAAAUCGGAGAAGAAGAAAAAGAAGAAACGUACACGUGAGAGUUCCGCCAGUCCUGAGCGUAAAAGGGAUAAGAAGAAAAAGUCCAAGAAACAUAAAAAAGAAAGACAAACCAAUUAUGCAGAUUUUAUAAUAAGUAAAUCGAAGAAGAAGAAGUCGAGAAAACGUAAGUCAAGCGAAUCUGAUUCCGGUGAUUCCGACCAUGCCUCUGAGAAUGAGAAACCUAGCAGUGAUUCGGAGUAUGAAUUGAAGAAGCAACAACGUAAACGCACCAAAAAGGACAAAAAGAAACGCGAUAAGAAGAAGAAGAAGGAACGCACUAGAGCAUUAGAUAAGUCGCGCUCAAGAUCUCCUGAUCGUUUUGUUAAGGAUGACCGAAAGCGUACCGAAGAAAGAUCAUCCAGAAGAGGCGAUCACAACUCCGCACGGAGUCCAUCUAAAUCCGCCACAAGAAAAUCACUCGAUCGCAGAUCUUCUGAACGCCUUGGUAGGGAAGACCGACGGCGUCGUGAUGAAAGAUCGAAGCAAAACGACAAUCACUCUCCGCGGAAUGCAUCUAAAUCUUCCGCCAGAAAUCCUUUCCGUAGUCGCUCACGUGAACGUGAGACACAUCGUCGUUCGCCCCAAACCUCGCACCGUCGUAAUACAUCAACGGAAAGCCGUAGCCGAGAGUAUUCAAGAGAACGUAAUCGAGGCGACGAGCGUGAUCGUCAUGAUAAAUCCGUAGAGCGUCGUAGAGAAAUUUCUGCGGAUCGUAAUGCACGGCGAAGGAAGCGGCCACGAUCAAUAUCACGUGAUAGACGUGGUGGCGCCUCACUGUCACGUCAAGCGAAUGCCUCACGCACUCGUUCACGCUCACGUUCAAAAUCUGUAUGUCGCAAUAAUCGAAGGCGAUCGCCUUCCUCAACUUUUGUUGAUAAUUUGCGUAAACGUACGAUUACACCAACAGUACCACCUCGAAAGGGUGUCGCGGCUUCUGUCUCUCCGACGCGUUCUGAUUCUAGCACAAGAAAGAAUCCCUUCAAUCCUUUCAAAGUUGAUGUACCUCCGCUUGCCGGGUCUGGGUCCAUAAGUGAAGUGCGACCUGGAUCAAACCCAUUUAAGAAUAGCGUGGAUACAGCCAAACCUGUAAAGAUGUCAAGCCGUACUCGAUCACCGUCAGCAGCAAGCAGCAGUCUCAGUCGAGCUGGUAAAGGAAGAUCACGUUCAAAGAAGGAGGAUAUAACGCGCAUAAGUCGAGGUAAAUCGCCCUUGAAUGAACGAUCAUCUUCAGUGCGGUCAUCACGUUCGAAUAGGGAUGAUGGAGUGAAGAAAAACGAAAAGCAAUAUAACAGAGAGCGUUCGCGUGAAUGCAAAAUGUCGCCUGUUCAGCGCCGCUCAGCGCAUCGGGCAGAGUCUGAAUUUAGGAAAGAACAGUCACGUGAGCGUAAAACUGCUAAAGCUCGUCAACGUUCGGGUUCUCGUUCUAUGCGGAAUUCCAAACAACGAGAACUUUCACAUGCUCAUGAAAAAUCAUCCUUGUCUCGACGUUCUACAUCUCGUGCUGACCGCGAAGUUGAGAAACGGAGAAAGGUUUCCCGUGAGCGAUCUUCCGAAUUACGUCUCGGCCGUGAAAUAACGGAAAGGGAGCGAUCGCGCGAACGGCGAGUAAUGCGUGAUAAUCGAUCCGAACGACGAAGAUCUAGAGAACAACACGUUGACUCAGCACGCGCAUCAUCACAGAAAUUAUCUCCAGCACGACGCCGUCGUUCACACUCUCCGCUAGCAGCGACAGGAAAUAAAGGCGCUGCCUCUCCAACGCGUUCACCAACUAGAAAACGUUCAAGAAACGUUGCUUCUCCGCCAUCUAAAAUCCGUGAAGAAAUUGAAGCUGCGCCUCUACGUCGUUCGCCAUCACGUAAUUCUUCGGAACUAAGUUACUCGCCGGCACAACGUAAUCCUGAGCGUUACCGCGACAUUCUUGAAGCAAAAGAAAAAGGUAAAGGUAAGGAAAAGCCAGUGAUAGUAGAACACGAAUCGAAAAAGCGCAAUGCUGAAGUCGAAGCAUUGCCGCAUGAUGCACAUAAAGUACGAAACGUGCCCGAAGAGUCGGCAACUAAUGAUCCGGAAAACCGCGAACGAAGUGGACGAAUCAAAGAGCGUGCGACGAGCAACAGUAGCCAUACACAGGCUAUGGAACGUGAUCGAGAUCUAGACCGUGAUAGUCAACGUGAUGCCGAUCGAAAUGGUCGUCCACGCAGUAAAGAAAAACGGACCAGGGAACACAAACGCGAGACUCGAGACGCCUGUAGCACUAAACGCGCUAAGCCUAUAUCGGGACCAGUGGUGCGUUUGCAAGGGCAAAGUGAGGAUGAAAAUGAUGCAGACGAUCGCACCGAAAAGGUGUCUGCCUCACUCGACGAAUUCCAAGAAACAAGACGAGGACGGGAACUAAAAGACUUACAAAUGCUGGAACAGCUAAAAACGGAUAUAGCCGCCAAGGCAAAGGAAAAAUUGAAGUCGAUUGAGAAAAUGAACACUGGUCAAGGAGGAAGCAUUGGUAGUGAAGUAAGUGAAAAAAAUAACAAUGAACAGCAGCGAUAUAGACGCGGCGGUAUUCGAAAUUCGUUGAACGAAUUUCUUGCUGCCAAUAAUGUGGCCGGGGGAGUAGUUGGAGUAGCUGUAAAUACUAAUAGAAAUAACAACAGUAAUCAUAACCCUAAAAGUAAUAGCAACAACAUUAGCAGUAGUACUAACAAUAACCAUUCCGUAGCGAAGUCAAGGGAAGAUGUGUCUAAUGUAGAUACGACGCCGCCAAUGGCUGCGAUUUACCCCCAACCGUUGGACGUGCAAAUGGCAAAUGACGUUCUGUCUCAAUCUGAAAUAGCAAAUGAUUUGAAAAUAGAAACCGAAAAAGAAAAAAAUAAAACAAAAGCACAAACGCUAGAGCAGUGCAAGGACACUACGCAGACUGAUUGCAAAGACCCAAGUGCAGCAAACGGUCUUGCGGCAAAAAGUCCAACAUUACCAAGCCGUGAUAAUCCAAACACGAACGCGAGAAAUGCAGCUACAACUAUCAGCCGCCAACAAAUGCCAUUGCGUCGGGGGGCACGUCGUUCUACACCGCCACAACUUAUUCUGCAUCCUCGGAAAUCGCAUCACAGAGUUAAAAUCAAUACACCAAGUGGCGGUGUUUCGCUCAUUAACGCGCCUCUUUCGUCGGGCCCCUCUUCCAACUACAUGCAUUAUGGGGGAUCCACCAAUCCCGCUAAUGCAGCCGCCGGUUCUUUUAUGCGCCAAUCGUUAAGUCGGGUUAAUCACCAUCACCACCACAAUAAUCCUCCACUGAUACCCCAUGCUCCCCACGCGUUUAAUCCGUUAUUAAGUAAGCACUUUAACAGCGGUAUCAACAGUUUGAAUAAUAACACAAUGCUAAUCAGUCGCCGCGAACAUCACCAUCGCUGUUCGAUUGGUUUAAAUACUAGCGUAAAUGCUCAAUUCUCUUCAACUAAUUUCUCUAAUAAUAGCUUACUACUAACACCCAAUAACAGCCAUCACGCUCACCACCAUCAUUCGCACCAGCAUCAGCAUGGCUCCAAUGCUUCUAUUAUAACCGAUCAAUUUCUAAUCGCCGCCUCAUUGGCGACAGUGACGGGCGGUGGUAGUGGUGGUGGUCAUCAUGCUCGUGUUCACCAUCACGAGCUGGGUUUGAGUGCGGCUCAACAUCACGGCUACAAUUCAGCAGCAGUCGCUGCUGCUUCUAAUUUAAGUUAUCAUCACCACCAUCAUCACCACCAACAUUCGAAUAAACCGAAAAUUAUAAUAAAGCCUUUUAAAAUUAACGAUCCACAGCCUCUGGUGGCGGCUCUAGCCGAUAGUACACUCGUCGAUACAAUCGUCUCCAAGGUAUCAACAGCUACAGUGGCGGCAGCAGAAAGUGCAGCACGUCGAAGUCGCAGCCGUUCACGGCGUAGCCGAAGCCGCAGUCGCAGUCGCCCACGACGCGAGGCAGGUGGUGCAGGAGGAACAAACCGUCGGCAUUCCACCAGCCGAUCGCGUUCAUCGCAUUAUUCGUCGUCGAGCAGUCGCAGCCAUAGCCGUACUCGCAGUCAUAGCCAUCGAAGUUCACGUUCUCGCUCACAUUCACAUUCUUCGCAUUCGAGCUGUUCGACGCGAAGUAGUUCACGAAGCUCAUCAAGCUCCGGCAGUUCCGGUUCCUCACGUACUGGCUCGCGAUCACCAUCGAUUCCGCGCAGACGUGGGUCGCCCAGCUUUCUAGACCGCCGACGCAUAACCAGCGCUCGCAAACGUCCGAUUCCUUAUCACCGAAAAACACCAUCGGAUGCUUCUAGUUACUGUUCGAGCUGCUAUAGUCGCGAAAGUUCGCCACAUUCACCAUCGCGCUCACCCACGCGCAGCAGCCACAGUCCGUCGACGGCAUUUUGAGGUUUAAAGAAGAAACUUAUUAAAGUUUUACAAAACAUCACCUAAGAGUGCGACUCAGAGGUUAACUGCAACCGUGAUGAUAUGGGUUAGAGAAAACUCUCAAGCUCCAAGCAUGAGUAACUACUUUUGUUAAAGUAUGCUGGUAUUUCGAAAAUUAUCAUAAUACUUAUUGGAUAAGCAUAGAUACAGACACAGAAAGUAAACGCUGCUAGUCAAGAGGCUUUGUUAUUUUUUAAAAGCAAUUGUUUUGUUUUAUUGAGAAUUUGAGUACUUACAUACACUAAUAUUUAUUAGAAUUCACAAAACUUAGAUUAAAAUGUAUACCUAGUUCAGUUUAAAAUGUGCAUACAUAAGUUAAAUUCUAAUUUAGCGAUAAGUCCAUUUAUUGUAAAUUAUGUAGUAAUAAGUGAACCCUAUAAUAUUGAAA